CCUGCCAAUAUAUUCAUUUAUUUAUUUUUUCAUUUUAACCAUUCAUCAACGAAUUUAUAUCUUAAACUAAAGGCUAUUUGAUUGUUUUAUUUCUUUGUUUUCUUUUCCCAACUUCACAAAAUCACAUCACAACUUAUCAACAACAAACUGAACUCAAGAUAAAUAAAUAAAUAACUAAAUAAAUAAAUAAAAAAAAAAGAAAAAUCAAAAUUUAUAUUAAAAUGUCUACUACUGGAAAGUCUAUUUUUUGUAAAGCAGCUGUCGCAUGGGAAGCUGGAAAAGAAUUAUCAAUUGAAGAUAUUGAAGUUUUACCACCAAGAGCUCAUGAAGUCCGUAUCAAAAUCUACUAUACUGGUGUUUGUCAUACUGAUGCUUACACCUUAUCUGGUGUUGAUCCAGAAGGCGCUUUCCCAGUUGUCUUGGGUCAUGAAGGUGCCGGUAUAGUUGAAAGUGUUGGUGAAGGUGUUACCAACGUUAAACCUGGUGAUCAUGUUAUUGCCUUGUAUACCGCAGAAUGUCGUGAAUGCAAAUUCUGUAAAAGUGGUAAAACCAAUUUGUGUGGUUCAGUUAGAGCUACUCAAGGUUUGGGAUUAAUGCCUGAUGGAACUUCUAGAUUUAAAUGCAAAGGCCAAGAUUUGUUACACUUUAUGGGAUGUUCUACCUUUUCACAAUAUACUGUUGUUGCAGAUGUUUCUGUUGUUGCAGUGAAUCCAGCUGCUGGUAUGGAUAAGACCUGUUUAUUAGGUUGUGGUAUUACAACUGGUUAUGGUGCAGCCACCAUCACUGCUGAUAUUAAACCUGGAGAAAAUGUAGCCAUUUUCGGUGCAGGGUGUGUUGGUUUAUCAGUUGUCCAAGGUGCUGUUGAAAAGAAGGCCGGAAAGAUUAUUGUUGUUGAUAUUAACAACAAGAAAAAAGAUUGGUCAUUUAAAUUUGGAGCUACUGAUUUUGUCAAUCCAUUGGAAUUACCAAAAGAUACUGCAAUUGUAGAUAAAUUGAUUGAAAUGACAGAUGGUGGAUGUGACUUUACCUUUGACUGCACCGGUAACGUUAAAGUGAUGAGAAACGCAUUAGAAGCCUGUCAUAAAGGUUGGGGUACAUCCAUUAUAAUCGGUGUUGCAGCAGCUGGUCAAGAAAUUUCAACAAGACCAUUCCAAUUGGUCACUGGUAGAAACUGGAGAGGUUGUGCCUUUGGUGGUGUUAAAGGUAGAACUCAAUUACCUGGCUUGGUUGAAGAUUAUAUGGCAGGAAAAAUCAAAGUAGAAGAUUUCAUUACACAUAGAUAUCCAUUAGAAAAAAUCACCACUGCAUUUAAUGAUAUGCAUGCUGGUGAUUGUAUAAGAGCUGUGAUAAAUAUGGAUUAACUAUCAACUUCUUCAUCUAGAUUAUAAAUAUUAAUUUUUAUUGUUUAGAUGAGGAAAACACACGAUGAAUUAAUUUACUCGUUUAUCUAUCCAUUCAUUUAUUCAUUCAUUUAUAUAAAUAUAUAUGUGUAAAUAUGUAUGCGUAAAUUUAUAUGUACUUUGUUUACACUAGAAUCAAACAAUUAAUUAUUGAGAAAAAAAUCUU